AUGGGUAAAAACAAACAGAAAGGCAAGAAGCAGGCAAAUGUCUUCCAAGUGGCAGCAAACAAGCACUUGAAGGCCAGAAAUAAAGCCAAACCCAUCCGGACAUCGCUCAAACACAUCAAUGCGGUUAAGAACGAGAAAGUGGAAAACCUCAACCAGAUGUUCUCAAAGGUUCAGAAAGAUUUGAGUGGCGUUUCCAAACAAGCAAAGAAACCUCCGCAACAGAUGGUCAAAGAGCAGCCAAAGGAGGUGGUAAACGUUGACAGUGCGGCUCAGCUUUUCUCUCAACUCUGA